GGCGCUGAAAAGAAGCCAGAGGGAAAAGGCGCUGAAAAGAAGCCAGAGGGAGAAGGCGCCGAGAAGGAGGGAAAAACCGCUGAGAAGAAGUCCAAGUGUGUCAGUGGCUCUGUCAAGAGGAAGCUGAAGAAGCAAAAGCCUAAGAAGGAAGACUCUAAUGGGGAUGCUCCCAGUGAAACUGCUGAGAAAGAGCAGGAGGCUCCCAUUGAAGAAGAGAAAAUUGAGAUGACCCUUGAAGAAUAUGAAAAGAUGCAAGAAAAGAAGAAGUCUCUGGAGGCCUCAAAACCUGAGGGGAGGAAGGUAGCUGAUCUAGAUUUUGAGGGUCUUAAACUCUUGGAGAAGAAGAAGAUUGAGGAUGAUGCCAAGGCUGAAAAUGGACGCAAGGCAAAGGAGGCAGCUGCAAAGGAAGCCAAGCCUCGCAAGGCUAUGAGCAUCCAGGAGUACCUGAAGAAUGAGGAUGGUUCAGAGUAUGUGCCUCCGACCCCAGUGAGGCGCCCUCAAAAUGGCGGCUUCAGGGGAGGCCGUGGCAACGGUGCUUACAAUGGCCGCAGCAGCCGUGACAGCAGCUCUGAGCGCCGGGUCUACAACUCUGGCCGUGGCGAUAACGCCAUUGUGUUCCACGGCGUUGAGGCCAAUGCCAAAGACAGUGGUGCCCCAAGGAGGGGCGAGGGCUACAAUGGCGAGCGCCGGGACCAGCAGCAGGGUGGCUACUACCAGCAAGGCGGCUACCGGCAAGGAGGGCACAAUGGCGGCAGGGGCAACGGUAGGUACCAGGAACGCCAGGAUGGUGAGCGCCGGGACCAGCAGCAGGGUGGCUACUACCAGGAGCGCAGGGAUGCCUACAAGGGCGACCGCAGGGAGCAAGGUGGGUACAAUGGCGGUGGCCGGGGCAAUGGUGGUUACCAGGAGCGUCGGGAUGCCUACAAUGGUGACCGCGGUCAGCAAGGUGGGUACAAUGGUGGUGGCCGUGGCAAUGGUGGUUACCAGGAGCAAGGCGGGAACAAUGGUGGCCGUGGCCAGGAGCGCCAGGAUGCCUACAAUGGUGAGCGCACUCAGCAAGGCGGGUACAACAAUGGCGUCCAGGGCAAUGGUGUUAACCAGGAGCGCCAGCAGCAAGGCGGGUACAACAAUGGCGGGCGGGGCAACGGUGGAAACCGGCAGUGGCAAGGUCCAGCUCCCAAGAAAACAAAAGAGUUUAAGGGCACCGCGGCCGACUUCCCGGCUCUAGGUGGCGCAUUUCAGGCGCAGUCGCAGGCCUAGAUAGGUCUUUUUCUUCUUUUCUUAUUAGUAUUACGAGGGAGGGAGAGUUUAGAGGAGAAAAAGAGGAGACAGUUUUGUAACGGAGCUACUACGUGUGGUAUCAUGUGCUGCACUGGGUUUAUUAUAAUUUUUGGUGUUAGUAUCUUUGCUUUACCCGUCGA